AUGUCAAAAAAUACCAAGAACAAAUGGACGUGCACUGAUUGCAAAACUAAAUGGGAUAGUAACAAGAAAAUCAUACCAGAAAAUGAAGUGGAUAAUAUUAAACAAUUAACUGAGUCUGUACAAUAUAUGAGUGAUCAAUUUGAUAAAUUCAAUACUACAGUUAAUAGAAUAUUAAGCGAAAUGAAAGAACUAAAAGAACAAAAUACAAAAUUACUUGUAAUUAAUGAAAAAUUAUCAAACGAAGUUCAAUUUCUAAAAACAAAAGUGGAUGAUUUAGAACAAAGAACAUUAGAAAAAGCUGUAGAAAUUGUAGGCAUACCGAUAACCACUAAUGAAAAUUGUAAGUCACUAAUUGAAGAAAUAACACACAAACUUAAUAUAGAAUGUAAUAUAGUGAAAGCUUAUAGAAUAACAACACAGCAUAAAACAGAUAUGAAAAUAAUUGCAUGGUUAUCUAAUAUCGAUGAUAAAAACCGACUUUUAUCAGAAGCCAAGAGAAUGAAAUUGAAUGCUAAUCAGUAUAAAGAGAAUUGGCCGCAAUCAAAAAUAUAUAUAAAUAAUCAUUUAACAAAGGUCAAGCAACAAUUACUGGGGAAAUCGAAAGCAUUGGCGAAAGAAAAAGGAUACAAAUAUGUUUGGAUGAACGGAAUUGACAUUUUAGUGAGGAAAGAAGAACAUGGCAAAGUAAUUAGAAUAAAGGAGGAAAAUGAUCUAAAGAAAAUGAUAUAG